AUUUGACAUUGCAGCCAUAUUGCACUUAAGUUGAAACAUCGUUAAUAGAACCUAUAACAGACCCUAACGAAACAUGGAGGACUUUCAAAAAGGAUAUAACGAGAAUAUUAGUUCUAAUAAAACAAGUCUUGUGGAGUUUGAAAUUAGUUUUAGGAAACUAAAGAAUGAGUUGUUUUUGAAACGGAAUGAAGCAUCAAAAUUGAAAACUGAAUUGAUAGAGGUAAAUGAAGAAAAGCACAAACUGAAAAUAUCUUUGGAUAAGUUGAAAAAGAAUUUUGAUGAGAAUAAAAUAACACUGGACCUGGUUAUGAAAAAAAUGCAAGAAUUCGAACCAAGAUAUUACGAAAAAAGAGAUGCCCUGAUUAAAUCUGAAUUGCAAUACAAAAUUGCUGUAACUGAAAUAGACGUGUUAAAGCAAGAUUUGCAAAAGAUUAGUUCUGAAACAUCACAACUAACAAGAAAACUAGAUAAUUUAGAAGAGAAACAAAAAUGUGAUGCAACAUACAAUGGAGACAUGUCAGCGAAGUUUGCCCAAAUUAAAAACCAAAUUAAUACAAUCAAAGCAGAGCUUGAAAACGCCACUAAAGACCAAUACAAAAUAACUGAGAUUAGCCGCAAGAUCGAUUUGUCUGAAGAAGCUGUUAAAAAAUGUAAAGAGUUAAAACUGAAAAAUAAAACUUUAAAGGAAGAGCUUGAGAAGUCUAAUGAAGAAAACGUUAAAUUAAAAGCACAAUGGGAAAAAUUUGAAGAUAUAUACCAGAAAAGUUUACUUAAAGAAGAAUUUAACUUACCCGCAAAAAUAUUUUUGAUUCAGUGUAAAAAGAUGAGUAGUUUUUAUACAGAAGCUAUAAAAAAUAGAAAUGAACUUUUGACCACAGCAAAUAAGUUACUAGAAGAAGAAAAACUAACGAACAAAAGACUUAUCGAAGAAAAUGAAAAACUGUUUGAAAAAUGUCGUACUUUAGAUGAAAAAUCAGAGAAAUUGUGUCUUAACCAAUAAUUAUAUUUACAUUUUAUAAAAGAAACUUAGAAAUAUGAUGAA